AUGAAAAUUCAGCUGGAGGCAUUACUAGGACUUCUAGCUCUUUCGCAUUCGGUAGUCGCAGAUGGUCCUGCAAGCAAUCAUUCACAUUCAAUCAACGAAGACGUGUUUGAAAAUGCCACUGCUUAUCCAUAUGAGGAAACCCUUGACAUAACCCCAUUACCUAGGAACAAUUUGUUAAUUUCAUUCAACUUCAAUAUAGCCUCUGAAUAUAUCAAUGUCAGUGAGUCAAAAUCACACCAUCAAUAUAGAGCAUUUCCAAGAUCACUCGCCCCAAUAUUGGAAAGCACAGAUACCAGAGAGUUACAUCUUCGAUUUGGACAAGGUUGGUGGGAUUCUGAAGAAUGGGGUCAGCUUCCCUAUUCUGGUGAACAUUCUGGGGGUGUUGGUGUUGAAGUCUGGUCCGUUAUUGAAGCAGCAGGUCGUGAACAAAGCUUCGAAAAAUGGACAUCGUUGGUGAAUUCGUUAUCUGGAUUAUUUUGUGCUUCAUUGAACUUCAUUGAUAGUUCCAAAACUACUUAUCCUGUUCGUUCCUUCAAACCCGAGAACAAUAUAACUUUAUUUGAUGAUAGAAAUGAAUUACACUUAAUACGUGCAGCCCUAGCUUCAGAACCUGUUUGUACUGAAAACUUGACCCCCUUCGUUAAGUUUCUGCCAGGAAGAGGUAAGUCAGGUUUGUCAUCAUUACUAGAUGGCCAUAGAGUUUUUGAAUCUGAGUGGCACAAAAUGUCCAUUGAUAUCGAAACACGAUGUGAUGGUGAGCUUUGUCGCUAUGUUAUGUCUCAGAAAAUUGAUGCUGUUAUUGAUAUACCAAGAGCAAUUAGAACCAAAAAGAACCCUAUACCUAAGCCUGUUUCAGGAAAUGAGCUUAAUUGUGAUCUUGAUAAACCAAAUGACGCUUUUGAAUGCUUUCCAUUAGGUGACUCAAACAAGUUGGAUUUUACGUUGUCUGACUUAUUGCAUCGCUCUAUUUUGGGUGGAAGCAAGUUUUCUGAAAAGCCUGCAAAAGUGUGUGCACAUGUAACAGAUAACUGGGACACUUAUUUAAAGGUAGAUGGAAAUUACUUUGGAACACCUUCCAACUGUUUUGAUGUUACUGGUGAUGAUGUUUAUGACUUAUAUUUUCAGACAGGGGAUAGUACUAAUGUGCAAUCCAUCAAAGAUGUGCCAAUCUUUGUUUCAAGGUCAUUGACUGGCUAUGGUCAAGAUAAAGGUGGCUCACGUACUGUCUUCAACAAUCCACUCAAUGAACCAGUUAGGCUUUUGUAUUUUGAGUCACUACCAUGGUUUAUGAGGGUUUAUUUACACACAGUGUCAGUAUCAGGUGGUGGAGCAAAUGAGUUAGUCAAAUCUGUUUACUACUCUCCAGAGGUUGAUCGUGAGAGACCUACACAUAUUGAAUUUGAAUUGAUUAUACCUGCUAACUCUACUAUUGCGCUAUCAUAUUCUUUUGACAAAUCAUUAUUACUUUACUCUGAGUAUCCCCCAGAUGCCAAUCAUGGUUUUUCGGUGGAGCCUGGUGUUGUCAAUGUUCUAGAACCUGUGAAAUAUUCACUGAGAACUUCAUCGGCACUUUUGACUUUACCAACGCCUGAUUUCAGUAUGCCUUAUAAUGUGAUCAUUUUAUCAUCCACUAUCAUGGCACUGGCAUUUGGUACUUUAUUCAAUUUGUUGGUUAAGCGUCUAGUUACAGAAGAGGAAGCAGAUUUGGUUAUUGAAGUUUCGGGUCCUAAAGCUGCUAUUCAAAAACUUAAAUCAAAGAUAUCUGUACUAAAAAAAUCAAGCCCUUUGACAUCUAAGGAUUCUAAUUAA